ACCUGUCAGCUAACCGGCGAAGUUAAAAACCUAGAAAAUAAAAUCCGAUAUGUCAGAAUUCUACCAAUCUACCAAUAAUAAACUCACGCUUGACUCGUUUUCGGCCGAAAUUUUCCGGUGAAAUUUCACAAAAUCCACCAUGAUCUAGUACAUCUGGGAUAGCCUGCAAACGGAUCCAAAGCACACGAAUCUUUGUCUUUCUUGCAUCGGCUCAUCCUUCUCUCUCUAUAUAUGCAGUCAGUGGCAUAUCCAAAUCUUUCAUAAGCUGUUUCGAGAGCUUAAAUCUUUGUAAUUCAAUGGUGUUUUCUCUCUCCAGGCGAAAGAUUUAGCAAGUGAGUUUUCUUUUUCGUAGGGUUGGAGCUAAUAGCUGCAAGGGACUAGUGGAGAUUCUCGCUCUUCCCUUUCUAGCUGUGUUAUUUUGUGAAAUCAAUAAGUGGGCACAGAAAGCUCUGUUUUGGCUUUCUUUGAUUGGUUUGUUCAGAGCAGGAUAAGAGAAACCUACAAUUGGGAAUUUUUUUCCAUCUGUUAAAACUUGAGAUUUGGGUUCUGAAUGCCUUUGUGUUAGGAUUAGGGCUAGAUUUUGGUUUUAGGGGUUAGGGAUUGGAGCUGAUGCACAAUGGCUUCCUAUAGGCAAUUUCCUCAGCAAUCCGCAUUCCCCCCGCCUCCACCGCCACCACAACAGCAGCAGCAGCAGCAGCAGCAACAACAACAGCAGAGACCUAAUCAAUAUUCUCAGAACUUCGCUCAAAUGGCCCCAGCAGCAGCAGCUUCUUCCUCUACAUUCCCCCAAAAUUACACCCCAAUUCCUGCCCAGCAGAAUUUCUCACAAAAUUAUCCUCCGCGUGCCCAACACUCAGCCCCUCCGCCACCACCUCAACAACAAUAUCCGUAUCCGCCACCCCCACCACCAGAAUCAUCAUACCCACCACCACCUCCUCCACCAGCACCAGCCCAACAGCAACCACCUUCAAUGUACUACCCACCAUCACAAUAUUCUCAGUAUGGUCAUCAGCCAAUGCACCCACCUGCUCCGCCUCCACCCCCUUCAUCUCCUCGGAGCUCUUCUAUACCACCGCCACCACCUCCGAGCUCCCCGCCCCCACCUCCUCCGAAGGAUAGCAGCAUAAAAAGAGACAAGGUGGUGCCUGAGGAAAGGCGAGAACGUAGGCAUUUAAGUCAUAGUGAUGUAGCCAACCAAAAGAUGCAGAAGCCACCAGUACCACCUGGGGGGAAGAAGGUCAAUGGGCCAUCAGGGAGGGUGGAGACAGAAGAGGAAAGGAGGUUGAGAAAAAAGAGGGAGUUUGAGAAGCAAAGGCAAGAGGAAAAGCAUAGGCAGCAGUUGAAAGAAGCUCAGAACACAAUUCUGCAAAAGACCCAGAUGUUACCUUCUCAGAAGGGGCAUGGUUCCAUUGUUGGGUCACGAAUGGGAGAUAGGAGGGCCACACCACUACUGAGUGGGGAGAGGAUUGAGAACAGGUUGAAGAAGCCAACAACGUUCUUAUGCAAGUUGAAAUUCCGGAAUGAACUUCCUGAUCCAAGUGGACAACCAAAGCUUAUGACUUUGAAGAAAGAUAAAGAUCGAUUUUCAAAAUACACCAUCACAUCAUUGGAGAAAAUGUAUAAACCCCAACUAAUUGUUGAGCCAGAUCUUGGGAUACCUCUUGACCUGCUUGAUCUUAGUGUAUACAAUGCUCCUAGUGUUAGACCACCUCUUGCUCCAGAAGAUGAGGAAUUAUUGCGUGAUGAUGAAUCAGUUACCCCUGUAAAAAGAGAUGGCAUAAGAAGAAAAGAACGACCCACUGAUAAAGGUGUUUCUUGGUUGGUCAAAACACAAUACAUAUCUUCUUUAAGUACAGACUCGGCCAAACAGUCUCUUACUGAAAAGCAAGCAAAAGAAUUGCGAGAAAUGAAAGUAGGCCGUAACCUUUUGGAGAACCUCAAUAACAGGGAGAGUCAAAUCAAGGAAAUUGAAGCAUCAUUUGAAGCAAGCAAGUUACCCCCUGUCCAUGCCACCAAUAAAAAAUUAAAGCCCAUUGAGGUUCUACCACUGCUACCUGAUUUUGAUAGAUAUGAAGAUAAAUUUGUCUCUGUGACAUUUGAUAAUGCUCCUACAGCUGAUUCGGAAUUGUACAGCAAGUUGGAUCAAUCUGUCCGUGAUGCAUGUGAAUCGCGGGCUGUUAUGAAAGCUUGCGUGGCAACUGGCUCAGAUCCAGCUAAACUGGAAAAGUUUUUAGCAUACAUGGCCCCUAAUCCUAAUGAGCUAUCAAAGGAUAUGUAUGAUGAAAAUGAGGAUAUCUCAUACAAUUGGAUUCGUGAGUACAACUGGGAUGUGCGAGGUGAUGAUGCUAAUGAUCCAACAACAUUCCUUGUUUCAUUUGAUGAAAAUGAGGCUCGCUAUGUGCCUCUUCCUACAAAGAUUAAUUUAAGAAAGAGGCGAGCCAGUGAAGGAAGAUCUGCUGACGAGGUAGAGCAUUUUCCAGCACCAUCAAGAGUAACAGUGAGGAAAAGGCCAACUGCUGCUGCAAUAGAAAUCAGGGAUACAGUGGUUCAUUCAAAUUCAAGGGGUAAUAUCCUGAGUUCAAGGAUGGGAAUGUCAGAUGAUGAUGAUGGCCUUGGAAGAAUGCAUCGGAUUGGUCGAAACCGGGAUAUUGACCAUUCUAGCGGAGCUGAGGAUGACUUGUCUGAAUGAUUGGUCCCAAUGCAAAUGCUGCAACUAGAAGAAAGUUAUCAAGAGUUUACAUUUGGCGUGGCAGGUGACCCAACCGGAAGCUAUUUAUCAGGAUGCUGCAGUGAAAUAAGCAGAGGUAGAUUUUUAUUCCCCAUGUACAUGCCAACAAUCCAAAAUAUACAUUUUGAAGAUGCAUCUGGUUUUAGUAGAUAUACGUUUUUUUUUAAUACCAUAAAAGGCAGGAGAGAAUGAAUGAAGGUAUAAAAGAAGAAAAAACAAAACAUCAAAGCGUGAUGUUUUGAUGUCCUGUAAUCAUAUUAAGUUAAUCUAUAGAACAGUUAAAUCUUUGUUUC